AUGGCGCAAUCUUCCUUUCCAUCAGCAUUACCUCAUUCACCACUGGAUUUGGAGAGGGGAGUUCUCCCCCCAGGAGAAGAUGUGCAUCCAAGGAGACUGUCCAGUGAUGGUCACCAAGCAUUCUCAAAACUACGAUACCCACACCAGGAAAUAAAGAAACAAAUCAACAGAGCCAGACAUGUCCCCAGAAGCCUCCUGCUACAAGACAGGCCCAAAAGAGAAACCAACAGAACUCCACUGGCCAUCACCUACAGUCCUCAGCUUAAACCUCUCCAACGCAUCAUCAGUGAUCUACAAGCCAUCCUGGACAAUGAUCCCUCACUUUCACAGACCUGUGGAGGCAGGCCAGUCCUCGCCACAGACAACCUGCCAACCUUAAGCAUAUUCUCACCAGCAACCACGCACCGCACCAUAACAACUCUAACUCAGGAACCAACCCAUGCAACAAACCUCGAUGCCAACUCUGCCCACAUAUCUACACCAGCAACACCAUCACAGGACCUAACCAGAUCAGCUACAACAUCACCGGCUCAUUCACCUGCAUGUCCACCAAUGUUAUAUAUGCCAUCAUAUGCCAGCAAUGCCCCUCUGCUAUGUACAUUGGCCAAACUGAGCAGGAAUUUGAAUCUCCCACAUCCCAGCUAAUGGCCCUAAACACAAAGCUAUUCUCAGGUGAGAGGGUCUCAUCUCUUGAUUUUUUAUACAACAUUUCAAAAGGCGUAGAUUUCAUCCCAGUAUGGAAUGGGAAAAUGUUUGACAUCUCAGACAUUUUUGCAGGAUGGAAAAACUGUUUCCUGCAUAGCUCUAAUCGCAGCCUUGGGAGGGUAUUAUAGACCCAUAAGUCAAAAUUUACCAAGUUUCUUCUAAAUUUGGGGACAGGUAAAGAGGGGUUAAAAUGUUUAAGUGAUUUUCUUGCUCCUAACUGGUAAUGAAUUCCAUUUAUGCACAGGAAAAUUACAGGACAAACAUACAUGCAAAGUUAUAUCUCUAUACAUUCAGAAAUGAUUUAACAAUAAUAAUGAAGAAAUAAUUUCACUGUUCUAGUACAAGUAUUAUUCCCACAUUUGGGAACUCUGAUACAUAGGAGCUUAAGCAUGUGCUUAAGUCCUAUUGAUUUCUGUGAGAGUUAAGCACAUGCUUAGGUGGUUUGCUGACUAGGCCUAUGUGAUUUGUCCAAGGUUACUCAGCAUAUCAUUUGUAGAGUUAGGAUAAAAGCCCCAAUUUUCCCCCACUUGAAGGCCUCUGCUCUAACUACUUGUGUUCCAUAUAUACACACCAUAUAUAUACUAAUGUGCUUUUAUGAUGUUAUGGAGGGACUCAAAGGUGGACAGCAGAGCAGGGUUAUUAUAUUCAUUCAGCCUUUGGCCUCUGUGCUGGAACCGCCAACAGGGGUGUUAUUUAUAUUUGGGGGCACCUGCAUAGUAGGAAUGAGACUGAAAGCACCAAUUCAUCUCACGUGGACCACCAGAGAGCUGUCUGAUGGCAACAAACUUCAAUUACUACCAACCUGGGUCAGAUCUGAACUGGUGAUCCUGUAAAGGCUCUGGCAGAAAUCUUGGCCCCACUGAAGCCAGUGUCAAAACACGCAGUUACCAAUCCUUCAAGCCAUUCUGCCCCAAUCUGUGGUUCCCCCCCCUUCUCUUAUUUUUAUUUUAUAUAAUGCACCUCAAUUAAAAAGUAAUUCUUUCCCACACUCACCUGCUACUUUCCCCCAAGCUUCCCAUCUGGAACAGCACAUCUCUUUGGGCUGCCCGGGUUACCACUGCUCCAAUUCAGCACAACCAAAGUGUUGAAAGGUUGGUUCAAUGACCUAGGUACAUCAUAAAAGGCUAAAUAAUUCUAACAUGAAUUUAAUCCAAACGAACUGGAAUGAUCGCAUUAGGUGGAAUUAAAGGCGUGACUGAUUUGAAUCUUUGCAGUGUUUUAAGAAUUGUUAAUGCUGCUAACAGAUCUGCGGUUGCUAUUUCAUUUAUGGAUAGGACUGUGCACAAAACUUUUCUCUCAGUGUUUAAGAGCAGAGUCAAAUCGUUUAUGGAGCUACACAAUCUUUAUAAGGAAAGGGAAAAAAAAUAUGUGCAACAUUAAACAAAUUGAUUUUCAGGAUACUGGCAGCAGCAUGGAUAGUAAGCCUAAUUAAUAUAUAUUAUUCAAAUAAAAGUAUGGAAAGUUUGGGUUGUAAAAGUCAGCCUUCUGGUUGGGAAUACAUUUUUAUUAUGGUAAGCCUACAUUGUUCUAAUAGGUGCAAGAACAAUACUGAGGAAUUUUAAAUGUCAAACUAAAUUUAUUUCUGUUUUUAAAAUCACAAUGGUUUUGUGAAGUUUAAGAAUGAAUGAUCACACCUCAGACUAAACCCCACUAAAAUUCAUUCACCUGUAAACAUGUCUAAUGGGAACCAUAAAUAAACAAACAUUAAUACAUCA